AUGUCGGCUGUUCAACUCUCUUUCUCUCUCCGCGUCUCCUCAGGCGUCAAGACUGUUCAUCUUCUCGGCUCUUGGGACGGUUACGUCGGUCAGCUCCCUCUCUCCAAGGACAAGUCCUCUUCAAAGUCCGGCUCAUGGAAGGGCACCUUUCGAUUCCAGAACUCAACUCUUGAGGCUGGCCAACGAUACUGGUACUACUACAUCAUCGAUGGUUACCACGUUGCCCACAACCCCAGCGUCUCCUCAACCGUUGAGCCCACCACUGGCCGUGAGCUGAACGUUCUUGACGUUCCCACAGACUCUCACAAGUCUUCAUCCCGCUCCUCGUCUUCCAAGUCCUCCUCAAAGUCGUCCUCUUCUUCCUCAUCCAAGUCUUCAUCCAAGUCGUCUUCCUCCUCGCACAAGUCAUCGUCUUCCAAGUCUUCCUCCAGCAGCAAGAGCUCUUCGCACUCCUCCAAGGACAAGGAGUCCCGCUCCUCGCGAUCCUCGCGCCACAGCUCCAAGCUCUCCGUAGACAUCCCCAAGGGUCGCCCCCUGUCAAUCUCCCAGAUCCAGGCCCCCAAGCCCAUGUCUCCCCACGCGACCAAGCACAUCUUGGAUGCUUCCUACUACGACAACGAGGAGCUCGAGGAGCUCGCCGACCGUCUCGGCAGCGCCAACAUUGAGGACGAGUUCAUCACUGACUUCAGCACGUCGCCAGUCUCCUCCAGCGGGUCGUCUCUGUCAUACCGCUCCGACAGCUCUUCACCCAACUCGUCCCUCUCUGGCUACAGCACCCCCGGAUCCGACGUCAGCUCUUGCACCUGCGAGCGCUACGGUAUCACUCGCAAGGGCGAGCGUGUCAAGCUCGACUGCGGUGGAUCUCGCUGUGGUUACGAUGAUGACAGCGACUCCAACUGCUCCAGCGGCAGUGAAGACGAGUAUGAGUACGAGGCCACCGUCUCGCACACCAGCUCCCGCCGCCACGGCGUUGUCGCAUAA